AUGGCGUCCAAGCUAUCUGGCAGUUCUAAGCCGACGCCCAGUUUCAACAAAUCUAACAAAAUCAAGCAGUCAGAUAGUUCCGACGGUUUCAAGCAAUCCGACAGUUUCAAGCAGAACCGAUUCUGCUGGACUGUCUUCGGUCUGUGGCCUGGAAAAAUACCCGAAAAAUAUUAUAAAUUAUUUUCUUUCCCCUUUCUUAUCAUCAGCUACGUAGCCUACAAUGCCCUUUUGACUUUAAACCUCUAUCACACCCCGCGACGAAUCGAGACGCUCAUACGAGAAAUCAUUUUCACGUUUACCGAAAUAGCAGUGGGCGGCAAACUGUCUAUGAUACUUUUUAAAAGAAAAAAAAUCGCCUCCAUUUUCAAAAUGCUUGACUGCGAAGAAUUCAAAGGGAACGAUGAAAUUGGCAGGGAAAUUGUUAUGAAACACAACGACUAUUACAAGAAAUACUUAUUGUUAAACACCUUGCUGUCGAAUUUCACUUAUUUCUCACAAGUACUAUUUCCCGUUUUCGGGUUUUGGAUUUUUGGGAACACGCUGGAUUUACCCAUUUGCAAAUAUUAUUUUCUCUCGGACCAAACGAGGGAUGAUUAUUUUACUUCAAUAUUUAUUUACCAAUCCCUCUUCAUGUAUGGUCACAUGAUGUAUAAUGUCAAUAUUGAUACUUUGAUAGCGGGUUUUAUGACCUUGGCCAUAGGUCAAGUGAAGGUGCUGUGCCACGAUUUGGAAAAUUUGAAAAUGGAAAAAUCUAUUGGCGGCCUAUCAAUAAUAAUGGACCUUAAACCACAAUACAAACUGCGUAAAAUUUUGAAUCAUUACGAGUUGCUUUUAGAGUACUGCGACAGAUUUCAGGCUGUGAUCGGCGGAACGAUGUUCGUUCAGUACGGGAUCGGGUCCGGCAUCAUAUGCGUCAUCAUGUGCGGUUUACUUCUGCCUUCAUCCCUUGAGACACAAAUGUUCAUGGUUGGCUACUUUAUGGCGAUGAACCUGCAGAUCUUCGUCCCGGCCUGGCUUGGGACCCAGCUGACCUACGAGAGUGAAGCGUUGACAACGGCAGCGUACAAAAGCGAAUGGCUGCCGCGUUCCAAGCGCUACAAAAGCAGCAUCAAGCUCUUGAUGGAGAGAGCCAAGAACCCUGUUGUCAUCACUGGACUCAAGAUAUUUCCUCUCUCAUUGGCAGUUUACAUACAGAUAAUGAAAACAGCCUACUCCUGCUUUGCUUUGCUUCGAAUCAUCCAAGACCGUCAGGAACAAGCUACACCAUAA